CAUUAAAUCAUUUAUCAACCUACAAAAUAUCCUACAAAAUCCAUAUAUUUCAUAUAUCAUACAAAAUCCUACAAAAAAUAAUGGGGUCAGAAACAAAAGGAAAGGUUUGUGGGGAAGUAUUUGAAGACAUGCUACCAAAAAUGGCUGAGAAGUUGGGAGGUGAAGGUCUGAUUAAUGAACUAUGCAAUGGGUUCAAUUUGUUGAUGGAUAAAGAGAAAGGUGUGAUCACUUUUGAUAGCUUAAAAUACAACUCUUCACUACUCGGGUUACAAAAUUUACGAGACGACGAGUUAAUGAGCAUGUUGAAAGAAGGCGAUUAUGAUGGCGACGGUGCUCUCAAUCAAAUGGAGUUUUGUGUGUUGAUGUUUAGGUUAAGCCCCGAGUUAAUGAUGGAGUCUGAGGCUUUACUUGAUCAUGCUUUGCAACGAGAAUUUGAUCAGUCCAAUUAAUUCCAACUUUUUUGAUUCAAAAUGAUGUUAAAACUUGUGGCAAAAACCUCUAUUGUUGGAAUAUAUGCUUGCGUAUAUAUGGUAUAAGCUUGUACUUUUCAUUUGAUGACUAUUAUGGCAUGUGCUUAAGAAUGACCAGUGUUAAUUAAUUUCAUA